AUGGAAUCGCUUGUAUCUGUUAAUGGGGUCUCGUUCACCGAAGCUACUGACAAAGUCGAGUCUGAAGAUCCAUUCGCUGGUCCACUUACGACUAUUGCUCCAUGGAACUACACGUUUCUAGCGGGUUUAAUGUUUGUAGUGACUUCUUUGUCACUGUCAGAGAAUUUCACGGUCAUGCUCGUAACGUUUAGAUUUAAACAACUCCGACAGCCCUUAAAUUACAUAAUUGUGAACUUGUCUGUUGCGGAUUUUCUUGUCUCACUAAUCGGAGGCACCAUAAGUUUUCUCACCAACGCGCGUGGUUACUUCUUCCUGGGCAAGUGGGCGUGCGUCCUCGAGGGAUUUGCCGUCACAUAUUUCGGCAUUGUGGCUCUCUGGUCUUUGGCUAUCUUAGCGUUUGAGCGAUUCUUUGUGAUCUGUCGCCCGCUGAAGAACGUGCGUCUGGGGGGAAAGCACGCGGCUUUUGGGCUCCUGUUUGUCUGGACCUUCUCCUUCAUCUGGACCAUCCCUCCAGUUCUGGGCUGGAACAGCUACACCGUGAGCAAAAUCGGCACUACCUGUGAACCCAACUGGUACUCGACUGAUUACUCAGACCACACUUAUAUCAUCACCUUCUUCACCACCUGUUUCAUCCUACCCCUGGCUCUGAUCGUCGGCUCCUACGGGAAACUCAUGCAGAAACUCAGAAAGGUUUCAAACACACAUGGGAGACUGGGCAACGCCAGGAAGCCGGAUCGGGAGGUGGCACGCAUGGUUAUCGUCAUGAUCCUGGCCUUCAUGAUCGGCUGGACACCCUACGCCGCCUUCUCCAUCACAGUCACCAUCUGCCCCACCAUCCACAUCGACCCCCGCCUGGGCGCCAUCCCAGCGUUCUUCUCGAAGACAGCGGCCGUCUACAACCCCAUCAUCUACGUCUUCAUGAACAAACAGUUCAGGAAGUGCCUGAUUCAGAUGUUUAAAGGCGGCAGCGCCAGCCUGGACUCCACCCACCUGAACCAGACGUCGGACAGGGGCGCCGCCACGGCGGACAGCCACAUGGGCGAGAUGUCCACCAUCGCGGCACGAGUGCACAUGUCCGUCUGCAGCGUAAAGAAGACUGAGGAAGAGGAGGAGAAAGGGGAGGAAGAUGAACAGGGACAGAGUGAGGAUGGAGACACUAAACAGCUGUCCAUUAACGAGUACAAAGUGUGUCCUUUGUAG